CAAAGGACGAUAUCGCCGCGCUCAUGUCACACAACCAUUCAUCCACGAUCACCCACCCACGAUGCCACAAGUUCGUGUGCUGGUGAUGCAGCUGCUUGCAGUAGCUGCUGUUGCGAGUGUACUGUCGCCGCACCUGUGUGGUGGGAGCGUGCUGGAAGAUGUGCCCGCGUACCUGCAGCGGGUGAACACGACAGCGCUGACGCUGUCGCAUGAACACUGCAAGUACCACCUUCACGUGUGGAUCGAUCCCCUGUGCCCGGAUGGCAAGCGCGUGUGGCACGAGGCGCAAACCAUGGACGUCCCUGAAAACAUCGACAUCUCGUUCCACCUCUUCGCCUUGCCCUUCCACCCGCUUUCAUAUGAAGUGUUACAGGUGGUGCACCAGCUUCCAGCAGACCCAAACCACUCGGCAAUCACCUCCUUCAUUGGCCGUGUGUUUGAGAGCAUGCACAAGUUCUCUGCAGAGGCCCUCAACCACGGUACGCUCCGCGACCUGCAGGUGGACCUGCACGAGCUCGCCGCGCUGCCAUCGUCGUCGUCGUCGUCAUCGCAGCUGUCGCAAGAAGCAACGGGGUCCCCGUCCGCACAGCAGCUGGCACGCUUGCACGUGAAGCUGGCAGCGGCCCUUGGCAUCUACGAGUCACCGCAGUUCCGCGUCAACCGCUGCGAUCAGGAAAUGGGCGACGUGGACGCUCGACUCGUGGCCGCUGGCCUCUCAAUCAGCAUCUUUUCCGUCCGUCAGGCCGUCAGCCACAUCUUAGACCAAACAUCCAUGUCGUCAUAGGAAGGAAGAACGGCAGCAACCGCCAUUUUCUUUGAUCUUGGAUGCAUACUGCUUGUUGCCUGGACAUGUUUACAUUAGUUCGGUUGCGUGGUUAUCCUUGCGUCAUUUGUAUGUGGUGGGUGUUGGCGUAUUCGCGGCAUAACUUCAUCUCGUGGUACCGUGGCCUCGAUAAUAACGAUUGCUUCGUCGAAGCAACGCACCAAGCACUCAAACUCACGGCACGCACGCGCAUACUUGAGGUAACUCAGCAAGCACACGAACUAAAGCACAAAGCCCAG